AUGAUCACUAGUAUCUAAUGGUCAUGAGUUUAGAACCAAAAAUUGUUUUCCAUUUGGACUCCAACCUGCCCCGUGAGCGCAAGGAACCAAGAACUGAAUCUACUAACACUCUGGUUGUUGUUUUGUCCCAGAUUAUUUCUUCAGCACACUUUGAGGCUUGUCCUUUUAAGCAUGGUGACUUUUCUGGUGGCUGGUCUUCCCAAACAAUUGAAGUGGUUCACGAUGUGCAACCUCCUCCAACAUGCCAGGAAGAUUUUGCCUUAUGGGUACUAAGCUGGUUGCAUAUGGAAUAUUCGUUUAAUCCUAAGAUACCACCAAAGAUUUCUGAAAAUCAGGUGCUAAUCACAACUACCAUAGACUUGGUUUUGGGAUCCUCUAAUGAAUUGAGAAAGACCAUUAUGGACAACGCUAGUGAGCAUUGGUUUUAACUCAACGAACUCAAUCAACCAUAGAUGAUUUGUUAUUUGUAUACACUAGUUUGUGGUAUCUAGUUUUGCAAUUUAUGUUAUUUGAUACUAUUUAAGACAAUUU